GGCAGCAGAUAAGGUUUCCCUCCGCGCCGCCGGAGCUCACAGCGCGGACCCGCACCGGAGAGCUGCGAGCAGAAGAACCGGGGACGCGUUCGGGUUCCUCUUCCAUGUCCACCAAGAUGGAGACUACUUUCUACGAAGACUCCUUGAACGCGUUCUCCGCGCACGACGCCGCCGGCUUCGGGUACGACAGCCCCAAGGCGCUGAAGCGCAGCAUGACGCUGAACCUCGGCGACCCGAGCGCGGCGCACAAGGUCCUGCGCCCCCGCGCUGGAGACCUGCUCACCUCCCCGGACGCGGGCCUGCUGAAGCUGGCCUCCCCGGAGCUGGAGCGGCUCAUCAUCCAGUCCGGAAACGGGCUCAUUACCACCACACCGACCCCGACCCAGUUCGUGUGUCCCAAGAACGUCACGGAUGAGCAGGAGGGCUUCGCCGAGGGGUUCGUCCGCGCCCUGGCGGAGCUCCACCACCAGCACACGCCGGGCACCGUGCUGUCGGCCCCGCAGCCCGGCGGCGCGGCGGCAGCAGACUCGCCGGUUUACGAGGACUUGAACUGUUUCCGCUCGGCCCUCGGCGCGGUGUCGGCACCGGGAUACGGCGCCUCGUUCCCCGCCGCCGCGCCGCCGCUCCCCGCCUACGGGCAGGCCUCGCGGCUCGCGGCGCUCAAAGAGGAGCCGCAAACCGUGCCGGAGAUGCCGGGGGAGACGCCGCCCCUCUCCCCAAUCAACAUGGAGAACCAGGAGCGCAUCAAGGCCGAGAGGAAGCGCAUGAGGAACCGCGUCGCCGCGUCCAAGUGUCGGAAGAGGAAGCUGGAGCGCAUCUCCAGGCUGGAGGACAAAGUCAAGAACCUCAAGUCCCAGAACUCCGAGCUCUCCUCCACCGCCAACACGCUGCGCGAGCAGGUGUCCCAGCUGAAGCAGAAGGUGAUGAACCACGUGAACAGCGGCUGUCAGUUGAUGUUGACGCAGCAGCUGCAGACCUUCUGAGGAGAUGAACGCACCGGACGCGGCCCGUGUCACUGUGAGCGGCUGGCCGGACGUCGUGGUGCGGGACGAUGCGGCACCACGCGUUCUCCGGUCACAGGGGUGCUCAUCUGUUUCUAUGUUCCUACAGGAGGAGCGGAGAAGGCCCCCGGGGCCCCGGGGGCCCCGGACUCAGUGCGAACUGUUCUUUCUUAAUUGUAAGGAAUUCAAUUAGAAAAGCUUCUAGUCGGACGUUUUGUAAAGUUGUUUUAAUGGGGUUUCACUCAUUGCUUUAUGUAAAUAAGAUCAACUGUGAGUACUUGGUACGUGUACCACUUGCAUUAGGAAUACUGCGUCAUAUUUAAGUGUUUGGUUUUCUGAUCGAUUCAGAAUCGAAUCGAUAUUUGAGAAAAUAAACCAUAAAUGUCAAA